CGGCGGGGCAGUGCACCAAUGGCGGGCCGGGAGAGGACGACGAAGGAGAGGAGGUGUCCGCUUGUCCCACCGCAGUCUUCUCCGACCCGUGUGUCCGCCAUAGAGUGAGGCUAGCGAGGCUUCACCACCACUCCCCGGGUCGGAGCGGCACUUACCCGGCUUGGCAGCUUCCACGGAGGUCGGCCUCCUCCCCCGCCUGACGGUGGAUGGUGCGGACCGACAACACUAGGAGAAGGCCCAGGCCGACAUUUUUGUUUUUAACUAACCCGGGGACUGGAGACUUGACGCCGGGAGGGGACAGCCGAGGACACGGAGAGUGAAACGCACCGUAACUGACUUUGUGACCACGACCUGAGCACCGCCCCCCUCCAGGCCUCGGGCAUGCCUCAGCCGGGUAUGAAUGGGAUGGAGCCUGCUUUUGGCGAGGCCUACGGGGGCGACCGGGCUCUGCUGAGCCCCUACCCUCUGGCCAUGUCACCACAAGGGGGCAGGACUGAGCACGACCAGAGUGUGCUGCUCAUGCUGGGCUCCCCGGCGUCGCCACGGAAACGGCCCUUUGAGUUGCUCAGCGAUCUGGUGGACGACGGCGGCCUGGGCGAGGACCUGCACCCGGAGCGCUGGGACGUGUCGGCGCUGGACGAGAUGGCGCGCUACACCAAGCUGGGCCUCGGAGUCGGCGGGGAGCUACUGGCCACCUCGGAGGAGGCCGUCCUGAUGGGCCGCUGGGGGAGGAGCCGCGAGGAGGAGAAGCACGCGCCGACCGCACGUGCGACGCCACCCGCCGCCGCGCAGGAAGCACAGGCCACCGGAGCGGCGAGCGCGGAAGGGCCCCGCUGUGUUGCCACGGUAACAAAGAGGGAGGCGUCAGUCGCGGGACAAGCGUCAGGGGGAGGCCAAGAAGGCGCCGCCACAGUGGAGGUGUAUCAGGUGACCCAGGAGGAGGCGCCGGCCUCAGGCCCGGUAAUAGAACACUGCAGCGAGGAGCACAACUACUCACUCAGCCAAGGGGUUCAAACGGAGGAGGUUCAGCAGGAGGUGGACGACGAGGAGAACGCCCAGCUGGACUUGGACAACGAGGACCCGGAGGAAGAGGAUGAGGAAGAGGAGGACAGAGAGGACGGAGCGGAAGAGACGACGGCCGACCUCUCCAGCUCCUCGGAAACAGAGUGCGAGGUGGAGGCGGAGCCUGUGGAGCAGUCCGGGGAGCGUCCGUCGAAACGCCGCUGCUUCUGGGAGUACCGAUGUUCCCGGGAGUCGGCGGCCAAGAAGAAGCUGUGCGGCGACGUGCACUGGUCGUUGUCGUGGAGCUCCAGCACGCUGCCCAGCACGCUCUACCGCCGAGAAGGCAAGAAAGGCCGCCGCAAAGCCCGCAAGACGGACGCCAGCGACCUGACGCCGAACCCGCAGAAGCUCCACAACAUUGGGGAGCAGCUGCAGAAGCUGAACGCCGCCAUCGACCGCAUGGGCCCCGUCAAUGACCUGCCCGCCGUGGCCCGGGCGCGUUCCCGCAAGGAGAAGAACAAACUGGCGUCCAGGGCCUGUCGGCUGAAGAAGAAGGCGCAGCACGAGGCCAACAAGAUCAAACUCUGGGGGCUCAACCAGGAAUAUGAGAACCUGCUGGGGGCGCUGCUGCGUAUCAAAGAGGUGAUUCGGCAGAAGGUGGAGAGCAGCGAGGAAGAGGACACGGACGAGCGAGGCAUGACCCAGCGUCUGGAGGACAUCCUCGGCGAGUCCAGCGCGCCUUUAGUCGCCGGGCGCACCAAAGACUUCGUGCAGAGGAUUUUGGCGGCCAGCGCGGGGGGGCAGAGCCAAGGCAAGAAGCCCCCGCCGACGGGGGACCAGGCGGCGGGCUAAACCCCGCCCCUCCCACCCCCUCGCCUCCGCCUGUGCCACGAGACCCUCCUCCUCGUCCUCCCACCCGAGGAGGGGCGGUAACCACGUGAGGGUGCUGCUGCUGCUGCUGCUGCCGCCGUGCUGGAUGUCCUGCGUGAGUGCGUGCGUGUGCGUGCGUGUGUGUGUGCGCGUGUACGCCGCUCUUGUAAAAUACUGUACUGACUCCCCCCCCACCCGCCCUCGCCGUGUGCUGUACUCGUAGCCCAUCGUGCCUAUAAAUAGACAUUGCACUGUUUUGUAGACGCCUGUAGUCGUCAGCGGGGAGGGGCGCUAGUGAGCCAGGGGGGCUUCUAAUAAGGAGAGUUACUCCCUCCCUCCCUCCCACACCUUCCUCCUCGCCAUCAUCACCGCCCACCUUUAGAACGCUGCACCUUAUUCCCAAACGACCAAAGAGAACACCAAAACUUAUCACAUGCUGCCAACCUUUUUGAAACGUGCGAGAAGACGCCGACGUCACCAGCAUGCACCCCCCCCCCCACCCCCCCCGCCCCACCCACCGCCUCCAGCCCCCCGGCUGAGCCCUCCCCCGCGCCCCCUCCCGCACUUAAUGAUGUAGCGCGCCUUCCUCCCCGGCACCCCAAACUAAAGACGCGUGUAGAUGUAGAGAGCAAAUACUUUGAUCUGGUUGUGCCCACAAGGUGGGCCGGUCUGCCUUUCUUCUGUGAAGCUUAGACCGACCUUGUCCACGGUCUCUAAAUGUUGUCGGACAUGAAGCGUAAAUAGUUCAAGGACCCUUUUUUUGUUUUUCGAAUUGCACUGUGGUUUCGAAAGGACUGCGCACCUUGCUGAGAGGACUCCCGGUCCUCCUUAAAAAAAACAACAAAAAGACUUUUAGCACCUUUUAUUCUUUUUUUUAGGUCAAACAACUGCUGACUGGUUUUUGUUUGCCCGACGCCAACACAAUUAUUGUCAACCACAAUGAAAAUAGGUCAGCCCAGACUUCCUCUUUGGUCCAAGUAGCCACGGAAUCAAACCCAGAACCUUCUUAAUGCGUGUCAACUACUGACCCACCAAGCCGCAAAUGUCUCAAUUGGUGCACUUGGUCCAAGUACCCACGGAAUCGAACCCGGAACCUUCUUACUGCGUGUCAACCAUUGGCUCAUUAAGCCGCAAAUGUCUAAAAUUGUGCACUUGGUCCAAGUAUCCACGGAAUCAAAACGGAACCUUCUUAAUGCGUGUCAAUCACUGGCCCCACGAAGCCGCAAAUGUCUCAAUUGGUGCACUUGGUCCAAGUAUCCACGGAAUCGAACCCGGAGCCUUCUUAAUGCGUGUCAAUCACUGGCUCCACCAAGCUGCAAAUGUCUAAAUUGGUGCACUUGGUCCAAGUAGCCAUGGAAUCAAACCCAGAACCUUCUUAAUGCGUGUCAACUACUGACUCACAAAGCCGCAAAUGUCUCAAUUGGUGCACUUGGUCCAAGUAGCCACGGAAUCGAACCCGGAACCUUCUUACUGCGUGUCAACCAUUGGCUCAUUAAGCCGCAAAUGUCUAAAAUUGUGCACUUGGUCCAAGUAUCCACGGAAUCAAAACGGAACCUUCUUAAUGCGUGUCAAUCACUGGCCCCACGAAGCCGCAAAUGUCUCAAUUGGUGCACUUGGUCCAAGUAUCCACGGAAUCGAACCCGGAGCCUUCUUAAUGCGUGUCAAUCACUGGCUCCACCAAGCCGCAAAUGUCUCAAUUGGUGCACUUGGUCCAAGUAGCCACGGAAUCGAACCCGGAACCUUCUUACUGCGUGUCAACCAUUGGCUCAUUAAGCCGCAAAUGUCUAAAAUUGUGCACUUGGUCCAAGUAUCCACGGAAUCAAAACGGAACCUUCUUAAUGCGUGUCAAUCACUGGCCCCACGAAACCGCAAAUGUCUCAAUUGGUGCACUUGGUCCAAGUAGCCACGGAAUCGAACCCGGAGCCUUCCUAAUGCGUGUCAAUCACUGGCUCUACCAAGCUGCAAAUGUCUAAAUUGGUGCACGUGGUCCAAGUAGCCACGGAAUCAAACCCAGAACCUUACUUUAAUGCGUGUCAACUACUGACCCACGAGGCUGAAAAUGUCUCAAUUGGUGCACGUGGUCCAAGUAGCCAUGGAAUCGAACCCGGAUCCUUUUUAAUGCGUGUCAAUCACUGGCCCCACUAAGCCGCAAAUGUCUAAAUUGGUGCACUUGGUCCAAGUAUCCACGGAAUCGAACCCGGACCCUUCCUAAUGCGUGUCAAUCACUGGCUCCACCAAGCUGCAAAUGUCUAAAUUGGUGCACGUGGUCCAAGUAGCCACGGAAUCAAACCCAGAACCUUACCUUAAUGCGUGUCAACUACUGACCCACGAGGCUGAAAAUGUCUCAAUUGGUGCACUUGGUCCAAGUAGCCAUGGAAUCGAACCCGGAUCCUUUUUCAUGCGUGUCAAUCACUGGCCCCACUAAGCCGCAAAUGUCUAAAUUGGUGCACUUGGUCCAAGUAUCCACGGAAUCAAACCCGGAACCUUCUUAAUGCGUGUCAACUACUGAACCACGAAGCCGCAAAUGUCUCAAUUGGUGCACGUGGUCCAAAUAGCCACGGAAUCAAACCCAGAACCUUCUUAAUGUGUGUCAACCAUUGGCUCCACUAAGCCGCAAAUGUCUAAAUUGGUGCACAUGGUCCAAGUAGCCACAGAAUCAAACCCAGAACCUUCUUAAUGCGUGUCAAUCACUGGCCCCACGAAACCGCAAAUGUCUCAAUUGGUGCACUCGGUCCAAGUAGCCACGGAAUCGAACCCGGACCCUUCCUAAUGCGUGUCAAUCACUGGCUCCACCAAGCUGCAAAUGUCUAAAUUGGUGCACGUGGUCCAAGUAGCCACGGAAUCAAACCCAGAACCUUACCUUAAUGCGUGUCAACUACUGACCCACGAGGCUGAAAAUGUCUCAAUUGGUGCACUUGGUCCAAGUAGCCAUGGAAUUGAACCCGGAUCCUUUUUAAUGCGUGUCAAUCACUGGCCCCACUAAGCCGCAAAUGUCUAAAUUGGUGCACUUGGUCCAAGUAUCCACGAAAUCAAACCCGGAACCUUCUUAAUGCGUGUCAACUACUGAACCACGAAGCCGCAAAUGUCUCAAUUGGUGCACGUGGUCCAAAUAGCCACGGAAUCAAACCCAAAACCUUCUUAAUGCGUUUCAACCAUUGGCUCCACUAAGCCGCAAAUGUCCCAAUUGGUGCACUUGGUCCAAGUAGCCACAGAAUCAAACCCAGAACCUUCUUAAUGCGUGUCAAUCACUGGCCCGACUAAGCCGCAAAUGUCUCAAUUGGUGUACUUGGUCCAAGUAGCCACGGAAUCGAACCCGGAACCUUCUUUAUGCGUGUCAACCAUUGGCCCACUGAGCCGCAAAUGUCUCAAUUGGUGCAGUUGGUCCAAGUAGCCACGGAAUCAAAGCCGGAACCUUCUUAAUGCGUGUCAAUCACUGGCCACUGAGCCGCAAAUGUCUCAAUUGGUGGACGUCGUCCAAGUAGCCACAGAAUCGAACCCGGAACCUUCUUUAUGCGUGUCAACCAUUGGCCCACUGAGCCGCAAAUGUCUCAAUUGGUGCAGUUGGUCCAAGUAGCCACAGAAUCAAACCCAGAACCUUCUUUAUGCGUGUCAACCAUAUGCCCACUAAGCCGCAAAUGUCUCAAUUGGUGCACUUGGUCCAAGUAGCCACGGAAUCAAACCCGGACCCUUCUUAAUGCGUGUCAAUCACUGGCCCCACUAAGCCGCAAAUGUCUCAAUUGGUGCACUUGGUCCAAAUAGGCACGGAAUCAAACCCGGACCAUUUUUAAUGCGUGUCAACUACUGACCCACGAAGCCGCAAAUGUCUCAAUUGUUGCACUUAGUCCAAGUAGCCACAGAAUCAAACCCGGACCUUUUUUAAUGCAUGUCAAUCACUGGCCCCACUAAGCCGCAAAUGUCUCAAUUGUUGCACUUAGUCCAAGUAGCCACGGAAUCGAACCCGGAACCUUUUUAAUGCGUGUCAACCAUUGGCCCACUGAGCUGCAAAUGUCUCAAUUGGUGCACUUGGUCCAAGUUGCCACGGAAUCGAACCCGGACCCUUAUUGAUGGAUUACUCUAUUACUAAAACAAUCAAUUAAUCAAUUAAACUACUACAAAUUACGUGAUUAUUAAAACUAUACAAAUUAGUUGACUACUAAAAUAAUCAAUUACUCGAUUAAUCAAACACACUGAUCGAUUAGUACAAUUACUAAAACAAUCAAAUAAUCGAACAAACUAAUCGAUAGAUUACUCACUAAAAUAAUUGAUUACUUGAUCAAUCGAACAAACUCAUUAGAUUACUCGAUGACUCAAUUAAUUAAAUAAACUACUACAAGUUACUUGAUUUUUUAAAUAAUCUAUUACUUGAUUAAUCAAACGCUAAUCAAUCGAUUAGUACAGUUACUAAAACAAUCGAUUAAUCAAACAACUAAUUGAUGGAUGAUUCGAUUACUAAAAUAAUCGACUCAAUCAAAUAAACUACAAGUUUCUUGAUUACUAAAAUAAUCGAUUCAUCAAACACAAUAAUUGAUCGAUUAGGACAAUUACUAAAACAAUCGACUAAUCAAACAACUAUUUGAUAGAUUAUUGGAUUACUAAAAUAAUUGACUCAAUCGAAUAAACUACAAGUUACUUGAUCACUAAAAUAAUCGAUGACUCAAUAAAUUACACUACUACAAGUCAUUUGAUUUUUAAAAAGAAUCUAUUACUUGAUUAAUCAAACGAUUAGUACAGUUACUAAAACAAGCGAUUAAUCGAACAACUAAUUGAUGGAUGAUUCGAUUACUAAAAUAAUCGACUCAAUCAAAUAAACUAAUAAAAGUUACUUGAUUACGAAAAUAAUCGAUAAAUCAAACAAUAAUUGAUCGAUUAGGACAAUUACUAAAGCAAUCGAUUAAUCAAACAACUAUUUGAUAAAUUAUUGGGUUACUAAAAUAAUCAACGACUCAAUCGAAUAAACUACUAGUUACUUGAUUACUAAAUUAAUCGAUGACUCAAUCUAUUACUUGAUUAAUCAAACGCUAAUCAAUCGGUUAGUAUAGUUACUAAAAAAAUCAAUUAAUUACUCAAUCAAGUAAACUGAUAUAAAUUGAUGACUAAAAUAAUCGAUCGAUUAGUACAAUUACUAAAACAAUCGAUUAAUCAAAGACAAUAAUCGCUCAAUUAGGACAAUUACUAAAACAAUCGAUUAAUCGGACAAGAUUAUUCGAUUACUAAAAUAAUCAACGACUUAAUCGCAUAAACUACAAGUUACUUGAUUACUAAAAUAAUCAAUUACUCGAUUGAUCCAACCCACUAAUCGAUGGAUUAGUACAAUUACUAAGACAAUCAAAUAAUCGAACAAACUAAUCGAUAGAUUACUCACAAAAAUAAUUGAUUACUCCAUCAAUCGAACAAACUCAUUAAUAGAUUACUCGAUUACUAAAAUCAUCGAUGACUCAAUUAAUCAAAUAAACUACUACAAGUUACUUGAUUUUUGAAUAAUAUAUUACUUGAUUAAUUAAAGGCUAAUCAAUCGAUUAGUACAGUUACUAAAACAAUCGAUUUAUGGAACAACUAAUUUAUUUGUUCACUAAAAUAAUCGACUCAAUCGAAUAAACUACAAGUUUCUUGAUUACUAAAAUAACCCGAUUAAUCAAACACAAUGAGCAAUCGAUUUGGACAAUUACUAAAACAAUCGAUUAAUAGAUAGAUUAUUCGAAUACUAAAAUAACGACUCAAUCGAAUAAACUACAGGUUACUUGAUUACUGAAAUAAUCGAUUAAUCUAACAACUAAUUGAUAGAUGAUUCGAGUACUAAAAUUGACUCAAUCGAAUAAACUACAAGUUUCUUGAUUACUAAAAUAUUCGAUUACUCAAUCAAAUAAACUAAUACAAGUUACUUGAUUACUGAAAUAAUCGAUUAAUCAAACACAAUAAUCGAUCGAUUAGUACAAUUACUAAAACAAUCGAUUAAUCAAACACAAUAAUCGAUCGAUUAGGACAAUUACUAAAACAAUCAAUUAAUAGAUUAUUCGAUUACUAAAAUAACGACUCAAUCGAAUAAAUUACAAGUUACUUGAUUACUGAAAUAAUCGAUUAACCUAACAACUAAUUGAUAGAUGAUUCAAUUACUAAAAUUGACUCAAUGGAAUUAACUACAAGUUUCUUGAUUACUAAAAUUUUCGAUUACUCAAUCAAAUAAACUAAUACAAGUUACUAGAUUACUGAAAUAAUCGAUUAAUCAAACACACUAAUCGAUCGAUUAGUACAAUUACUAAAACAAUUGAUUAAUCAAACACAAUAAUCGAUCGAUUAGGACAAUUACUAAAACAAUCGAUUAAUAGAUUAUUUGAUUACUAAAAUAACGACUCAAUCAAAUAAACUACAAGUUACUUGAUUACUGAAAUAAUCGAUUAAUCAAAAAACUAAUUGAUAGAUGAUUCGAUUACUAAAAUUGACUCAAUCAAAUGAACUACAAGUUUCUUGAUUACUAAAAUAUUCAAUUACUGAAUCAAAUAAACUAAUACAAGUUCGAUUAAUCAAACACACUAAUCGAUCGAUUAGUACAAUUACUAAAACAAUCGAUUAAUCAAACAAUAAUCAAUCGAUUAGGACAAUUACUAAAACAAUUGAUUAAUCGAACAACUGUUUGAUAGAUUAUUCAAUUACUAAUAUAAUCGACCACUCAAUCGAAUAAACUACAAGUUACUUGAUUACCAAAAUAACCCGAUUAUUCAAUUAAAAUAAUACAAGUUACUUGAUGACUAAAAUAAUUGAUUAAUCAAACACAAUAAUCGAUUGAUUAGUACAGUUACUAAAACAAUCGAUUAAUCAAAUACAAUAAUCGAUCGAUUAGGACAAUUACUAAAACAAUCGAUUAAUCAAACACAAUAAUCGAUCGAUUAGGAAAAUUACUAAAACAAUCGAUUAAUAGAUAGAUUAUUUGAUUACUAAAAUAACGACUCAAUCGAAUAAACUCCAAGUUACUUGAUUACUGAAAUAAUCGAUUAAUCAAACAACUAAUUGAUAGAUGAUUCGAUUACUAAAAUUGACUCAAUCGAAUGAACUACAAGUUUCUUGAUUACUAAAAUUUUCGAUUACUCAAUCAAAUAAACUAAUACAAGUUACUUGAUUACUGAAAUAAUCGAUUAAUCAAACACACGAAUCGAUCGAUUAGUACAAUUACUAAAACAAUCGAUUAAUCAAACACAAUAAUCGAUCGAUUAGGACAAUUACUAAAACAAUCGAUUAAUCAAACACAAUAAUCGAUCGAUUAGGAAAAUUACUAAAACAAUCGAUUAAUAGAUAGAUUAUUUGAUUACUAAAAUAACGACUCAAUCGAAUAAACUCCAAGUUACUUGAUUACUGAAAUAAUCGAUUAAUCAAACAACUAAUUGAUAGAUGAUUUGAUUACUAAAAUUGACUCAAUCGAAUGAACUACAAGUUUCUUGAUUACUAAAAUUUUCGAUUGCUCAAUCAAAUAAACUAAUACAAGUUACUUGAUUACUGAAAUAAUCGAUUAAUCAAACACACGAAUCGAUCGAUUAGUACAAUUACUAAAACAAUCGAUUAAUCAAACACAAUAAUCGAUCGAUUAGGACAAUUACUAAAACAAUCGACUAUUAUUCGAUUACUAAAAUAACGACUCAAUCGAAUAAACUACAAGUUAAUUGAUUACUGAAAUAAAAGAUUAAUCAAACACAAUAAUCGAUCGAUUAGGACAAUUACUAAAACAAUCGAAUAAUCGAACAACUGUUUGAUAGAUUUUUCGAUUACUAUAAUAAUCGACGACUCAAUCGAAUAAACUACAAGUUACUUGAUUACUAAAAUAAUCGAUUAAUCAAACACACUGUUCGAUUAAUCGAUUGUGAGUGCUCCAGUCGAGACACAGCCAAACUUGACCGUCAGCCAUCUUGGAGCCCCUCCCCCAACUUCUGCGUCGCCCCGCCCAGCACGCCGUCUUCUGCUGGCGUCCGUCAACGGGCCAAAGAGGAAAGCGGAGAGAUAAAGAAACCAAAAAAAAAAAAAAAAAUUGUAACCGAGCGACAGCCCAAGAAAAAUGAAGAAGUUGUGAGGUAAAACUGCUGAAAGGACUGUGAAUGUUGUCUCUCUGCUGCCCCUGCAGGACUGUAGCAGCAUUACUAGUCUCUCUGCUGCCCCUGCAGGACUGUAGCAGCAUUACUAGUCUCUCUGCUGCCCCUGCAGGACUGUAGCAGCAUUACUAGUCUCUCUGCUGCCCCUGCAGGACUGUAGCAGCAUUACUAGUCUCUCUGCUGCCCCUGCAGGACUGUAGCAGCAUUACUGGUCUCUCUGCUGCCCCUGCAGGACUGUAGCAGCAUUACUAGUCUCUCUGCUGCCCCUGCAGGACUGUAGCAGCAUUACUAGUCUCUCUGCUGCCCCUGCAGGACUGUAGCAGCAUUACUAGUCUCUCUGCUGCCCCUGCAGGACUGUAGCAGCAUUACUAGUCUCUCUGCUGCCCCUGCAGGACUGUAGCAGCAUUACUAGUCUCUCUGCUGCCCCUGCAGGACUGUAGCAGCAUUACUGGUCUCUCUGCUGCCCCUGCAGGACUGUAGCAGCAUUACUGGUCUCUCUGCUGCCCCUGCAGGACUGUAGCAGCAUUACUGGUCUCUCUGCUGCCCCUGCAGGACUGCAAGUGCACACUUAUACACUCUGGAGACCAAGUGUAAGUGCACUCUAAAGACUAAUUGUAAGUGCACUUAUACACUUUGAAGACUAAGUGUAAGUGCACACUUAGGCACUUAAAAGACCAAGUAUAAGUACACACAUAUGCACUCUAAAGACCAAGUUUAAGUACACACUUAUAUACUAAAGGCACAGUGUAAAUGUACACUUAUACUGUCUUAAGACCAAGUUUAAGUACACACUUUUACACUGGAGGCAAAGUGUAAGUGCACACUUAUGCACUCUAAAUACUAGGUGUAAGUGCACUUAUACACUUUGAAGACUAAGUGUAAGUGAACCUUUCAGCACUCAAAGGACUAUAAGUGUAAGUACACACGUAUGCACUCGAAAGAUAAGUGUGAGUGCACACUUAUACACUCUGGAGAAUAAGUGCAAGUGCACACAUAUAUGCUCUGAAGACUUAAGUGUAAGUGCACACCUAUGCACUCUCAAGACCAAGUGUAAGUGCACUCUCAAGACCAAGUGUAAGUGCACUCUAAAGACUAAGUGUAAGUGCACUUAUACACUUUGAAAACUAAGUGUAAGUGCACACUUAGGCACUUAAAAUGCUAAGUGUAAGUGCACACUUAUGCACUCUAAAGACAAAGUGUAAGUGCACACUUAGGCACUUAAGACUAACUGUAGGUGCACAUUUAUACACUCUGAAGACUAAGUGUAAGUGCACACUUAUGCAACCUAAAUACUAAGUGCACACUUAUGCACUCAUAAGACUAAGUGUAAGUGCACACUUAUGCACUCUAAAGAGUAAGUGUAAGUGCAGACUUAUGCACUCUAAAGACAAAGUGUAAGUGCACACUUAGGCACUUAAGACUAAGUGUAGGUGCAUAUUUAUACACUCUGAAGACUAAGUGCAAGUGCACACUUAUACACUCUGGAGACUAAGUGCAAGUGCACACAUAUAUGCUCUGAAGACUAAGUGUAAGUGCACACCUAUGCACUCUCAAGACCAAGUGUAAGUGCACUCUAAAGACUAAGUGUAAGUGCACUUAUACACUUUGAAAAUAUGUGCAAGUGCACACUUAGGCACUUAAAAAGCUAAGUGUAAGUACACACUUAUGCACUUUAAAGAGUAAGUGUAAGUGGAAACGUAUGCACUCUAAAGACAAAGUGUAAGUGCACACUUAGGCACUUAAGACUAAGUGUAGGAGCACAUUUAUACACUCUGAAGACUAACUGUAAGUGCACACUUAUGCAAACUAAAGACUAAGUG